GACUGCCCCCUGCCGGCCGCGGCACUGUGCCCGGGGUGCUGCGUUAGCCACCGCCGCACCACUAAACUGGCCCACCGCAGCCCGCACCGCAACGCUCGCCGACGACGAGGUGCUGUCCCGACCGCUUUUAAAAUGCUAUCUCCCCGGCAGCGGGGAGGGAAGGAGGCGGGGAGCUGUCAGCCUGAGCGGGAAUGGGUGGACAUGAGGGUGACACCUUGGGAGGCAGGAAUACGUGAUGGAGACCUCGGCGGGGAGGAAGCCGAGGUUCGCCUGUUUUCUCUCUCCUUCAGGCUGGUGUGCACUAAAAGCCUCAAGAACUGCACGUGAAGGAGCGAUGCUCCCGGACGCCGGCUUCCCACGCCCGGUGGGAUGGGCUUUGCGCACUCUCACACAGAUAGGCUCUUCGCUCUUUGUAUUUUCUUCCUUCCUCUUACCUAAGCGCCCCGAUAGCCCGAGAUCGUUAUCAUUUUCCUCGGUGCCAGUUCCGGGCGAGUGGGUGGGUAAGGCAGGGCCGGGCCGGGCUACCCGCCCCGCUGACGGCUCCGCUCCCCCCGCCCCCGGACACAUCCCUGCGGUCUUAAAGCGGUCCCAGCCGCGGGGAAGAAGGGCGAAGCAAGAGCUUUGAGCCCACCGUUGCGGGCUAGCGGUGCGUUCGCCGUGGCCCCGCGGGACCCUGCCCUCCCAACAAGCGCUGCUGCGAUUCGGCAGCCGCCCGCGCUCCGCACCUGCCUCCCCGCCCCGCGCUGCCCGCAGGAUGAAGCUCUCCUGGCUGGGCGUGGAUGUCUCCCGGGUCCUGCACUUGGUUGCGGUCUUCUGCCUGACCUGCGUGCUGCUGAAGGCCAUCCAGCUGUACCACCGCCGGCGGGAGCUGCUCAAGGCGCUGGCCGACUUCCCCGGCCACCCCACACACUGGCUCUUCGGCCACGUCCACGAGUUUCUGAAGGAUGAAGAUGCGCUGGACAAGGCAGAGCAGUGGUCACAGAAGUACCUGAAUGCUCACCCUGUCUGGUUUGGGAGUUUCUCAGCAUCCCUGAUUGUCACUCAUCCUGAUUAUGCCAAGAUUGUCUUGGGCAGAGGAGAUCCCAAGGAUAAUCUUGGCUAUAAAUACCUCAUCCCAUGGAUCGGGAACGGGUUGCUGAUCUCACAUGGGCCAAAAUGGCACCAACACCGAAAACUCCUGACUCCAGGGUUUCAUUACGAUGUCUUGAAACCAUACGUGGCCCUGAUGGCAGAGUCUACUAAUGUGAUGCUGGAUAAAUGGGAGCAGCUGAUCACAGAUGGGAAGCCAGUAGAGCUCUUUGAGCACGUCAGCUUGAUGACUCUGGAUAGCAUCAUGAAAUGUGCCUUCAGUUGUCACACCAACUGCCAGACCAACAGGAAAAACAUCUACAUCCAGGCUGUCUAUGACCUGUGCUACUUGGUGCACCAGCGCCUCCGCAUCUUCCCCUACCACAAUGACCUCAUUUACUGGCUCAGCCCCCAAGGGUAUCAGUUCAGGAAGGCCUGCCAGAUUGCUCAUGACCACACAGACAAGGUGGUCCAGGAGCGAAAGGAGUCCCUUAAAAAUGAACAGGAAUUUGAAAAGAUCCAGAAGAAAAGACAUUUGGACUUCCUGGAUAUUCUGCUGUGUGCCAAGGAUGAGAAUGGAGCUGGACUGUCUGAUGAGGACCUGCGUGCCGAGGUGGACACGUUCAUGUUUGAGGGCCACGAUACGACAGCCAGUGGGAUCUCUUGGCUCUUUUACUGCCUGGCAUUACACCCUGAGCACCAGGCACGGUGUCGGGAGGAGAUCCAGGAGAUCCUGGGGCAGCGGGAGACAAUCCAGUGGGAGGACCUGGGCAAGAUGACUUACAGCACCAUGUGCAUCAAGGAGAGCCUUCGCCUUUACCCCCCGGUGCCUGGUGUGUCCCGGCAGCUCGGCAAACCCGUCACCUUCCCCGAUGGACGCUCCUUGCCAGAAGGCAGCAUCGUCAUGAUAAGCAUUUAUCUCAUUCACAGAAACCCUGCAGUAUGGAAGGACCCUUUGGUGUUUGACCCUUCACGGUUUUCCCCAGAGAACUCCUCUGGCAGACACUCUCAUGCCUUCUUGCCUUUUUCUGCUGGAAUGAGGAACUGCAUCGGGCAGCAAUUUGCCAUGAAUGAGAUGAAGGUAGCACUGGCCCUGACCCUGCUCCGCUUCGAGCUCUCCCCUGACCCCACCAAGCCUCCCUGCAAAGUACCUCAGCUCAUCCUUCGCUCCAAGAAUGGCAUUCACCUGUACCUAAAGAAAAUCCGCUAAUGCUGGGAAACAUCCUGCCUUUGCUGGAGGGAGGGACCAAGCAGAUGAUAUGACAAUGUGUCUCUGGGGCAAAAAGUCCAAGGCAGGAUUUGGGGAUGAGGUUUCAUGAUUUUGGUGCUGCUCCCACCACCUGAAAGCCCUUUUGGGGCCAAGUAGCCUGGAUGGCAUUGCACAGACCCAUUGCCAUCUGCUCCGUGAAUGCCCAUCUCAGAGUAUGGCCGUGCCUCUUGCUGGCUGUCCCUUUGGCCUGCUGUAAGGGCUGGACCUGGCCUGAGAACAUCUGCAGGUCUCACCACCUUCCUUCUUACCAAAUCCUGCCUUUGCACUCAUGUCCUGGCCAAAUCUGCAACUGUUCCCAGCCCUGCUCUAUCAUCAGCACCUUCCUCUGUGCCUAGAGGUCAGCCCUUCUCUCCUGCAGCAGGGACAGCCCAUGGCAGACCUCUCUCUCUCUUCUUGCACUCAAUGUGUCUCUACUGUUGAAAGCACUGAUUCCAGUUUAGGCUCUGAAAUUCUGCCUCAACUGCAAAA